AUGCUGUUGUCACAACCGGCGGACGGCGGCCACCUGCGGGAAGAAGCUGGAGGAGCUAAUGGUGCCCCAACGGGUUGUACGAACGCGACGGUGGGACGGACCCGGGCGACGUCAAAGAAGCGAGAUGGACAUACGAAGGUGUACUACCAGGGUUUCUCGUACGCUCGGGCGAACAUUACGAGCGUCAAGAUCUCGUAUCGUUGUAGCUCGUAUCGACAGAAAUGCAAGGCGCGAUUUGUGUACAUGGCUGCCACGGCAUCGUUCGACUUCAGUGAACUCGUCCCCCACAACUGUCGAUCGGGCGCUGCACUUCAAAGCAGGUCCGCUCAAGCUGAUGGGAGCCCCUGUGAAGAUGUGAGCGAGACUGUACUAAAGGAGGUCGACCAGCUCGCUGUUGAAACGAAUAUGACCCAACGGGAUAUCUGGCUGCACGUUAUGGAGAAAUUCUACAUGCAGUCGGGGCCUCCGGUCCGUGGGGUAUCCAAGAACGCGGUUGAAAAUCGAGUGAGGUAUGCUCGAGGAAAAGAAACCGGUGGCAACCGCAAUCGAUCUGUUGAGCUCCCUCUUAUGUCAAAAGUGAGAGGAUCCAUGCAGGGAUUUUUUCAGUUCCAGUACUCACUCGUUUUGGAAAAAGACUCGGUCGGUGUUGAUCGAGUUUUGGCAUGGGCGCAUCCUGAGCUGCGCAAUCUGCUGCGCUUCGAGAACCUGUCGUGGUUCCUUGACGGCACGUUUCGGUGUGCUCCUGCUGGAUACAAACAGUGCGUGACAAUUAUGGUCCACGAUCCAUCUACCGAUCUUUACAUCCCUGCUAUCUUCACGGUAGCCAUCUCCAUGCAGAAGGAGCAUUGUAUCAAGCUGUUGCGCUGUAUCGAGGACUGCGUCGGUCGGAAGUUGACUCCUAAGGAAGUCGUGUGUGAUUUCGAGGCCGCUCUCAUCGGCGCAAUACGAGCAUACUUCCCCGACAUCCGUAUCAUCGGAUGUUUGUUUCAUUUUAAACAAGCGUGUCGCCGAAAGCUGAAGGAGUACCAGAUACCAAGAGACGAAGCCAAGCUAGCAAUGGCCCCAAAUGUCUUUGACAUUUUGACGGUGAUCGACCCAAGUAAAAUCGAAGUUCAAGGGAUUGCGUGGGUCAAGGCCAAGAUUAAAAAAGUUUGUGAGGCGAAGCAUGUGACGUACUCUCGCAGAAAGUGGCGUAAGGUUUGGGAUUACUUCCGACGGACUUGGCUAGAAAUGUUUCCGCCAACGUAUUGGAACGUGUUCGGCAUGCGUCGUGACAUUGUUAGUAGAACUAACAACCCUCUCAAGCGCUUCCACCGGCAUCUGAACGGGAAGAUCAAAGCUCCACACCCUGCCAUGAGCAGCUUCGUCGACACGCUAGAAGGUAUUUCUCGCGAAUAUGUGGCGCAGCGUGUUGCUAUCCAGUCCGGACUCGCCAGGCCACCUCAACGGAAACGUUUCCAGCUUCCGCGUGCGCCGCAGUUGCCUGAGGUCGGCGACAUCGUGGAUUCGGAGGAAAGCGAAGACGAAGACGAGCAGCCUACCAUCGCCACGGAUGACCCGGCAUCCUGCUCAAGUGCGCCGGGUUCAGAGGACGACGUUGCUGAGAUGGAUCACGAUACGGCAGACUACAGUCCAGAUAACUCAUUUGACUACGACGGCGAUGCAUCAGCAAUUGUAUAA